AAGGAAGAAAGAACAAACCGAACUCAGAGGUCAUCAGGUCGACCUGCAGAACCAAGCAGCUUAGCUUCUAUCACUACCUUGGCGUCAACUAUCGAGGGAGCUCAAGCUGCCAUUGGAAGACUGCGGAUUGAAAGAUUCUUGCUCCUGUGUCACCUCCGUCCCUGGAUUACUCUACGUCAUCCUCCGAACAGCAGCUGAAAAUUUCCAAAACAUCCCCAACAUGCAUCCAAACGCUACAUGCGAAAUCUUUCAGUUGAUACUUCUCGCUCCUCUCAUGAUGUGCAGGUUCGCUGUAAACUAUGUCCUCCGGCCUGUAAGGAAGGCACAAGCCAAACGCAGAUCUCAAGCAGUUCAGCUUCUACUAGUACCUCAGCCUGGGCCUAAAAGGACACGAAAGCUGACGUUUCAGCGAGAUGCCAGUCAAAUUCAGUCCCUAUUCUUCAACAAGUUGCCCGCGGAGCUCAGGAUGACUAUAUGUGAAAUGAUCUUGCGGAGCCAUGGCUUCCAAGUUUGGAUAUAUAGUCCUCUUUCUAUACCCCUUACGCCACAUCUCCGCGGCGAGGCACGUUGCCUCCAUCCUAGCCAUAUGUCUUUCGAUCUUGGUUCGAGUUACCCGGAUCACAUAUGCCCGCGAAGAGUGGUGUUGGCGAGUUAUCUUUUUCUGCCGCUCUCUUGCAGAAGAAUGUACGUCCUGUCAUGCGCUCUUGUUUUGGUAGCACACACAACAUCGACUAACAUAGGGCCAAGGUACUCUGAAUGCAUCGACUUGCUCUAUUCCUCUAACACUUUCAAACCCAACGAUGUGCAAUCUUUACUCUGGCUCUCAACUCGUCUUCAACCUCAACGCUUCCACGCUAUCCGGGUCCUGGAGUUCGACUACUACGUAAAAACACUACCUGGCUACGCAAAUCUUGAUUACGGCUCUUCCACGUACAUUCGAGGGAGUGCUGAAGACUGGUACUUCGUUUGGAGAGUAAUCUCUUCCAUGAGAGGUCUCAGGCACCUUCAUGUAGAACUAGUGAUCGAGAAUUGGAUUGAAAGGGCAUGGCUCACUCACGAAGACGAAUUACUACAGCCGGUUAGGAAGGUUGUCAUCCCUCCGCGCUUCGAUCUCGUUAUGCCAUCCCGUGGAUGUCGUCAGUAUGAUAUGCGCCCCUCCUCCUGUCGACUACUGCCAAUUGAAAAAAGGCGACUGGACUACCGUAGUACAGUGUAAUGAGGUGCAAGUGAAAGUACCAUAGGUUCCUUGGCGAUUGAUUAUCAAGGCCUUCUUAGAUAUACAGUCAAGGACCUGCCGUGGCGUCUGUAUGCAUUCGUGACCUCGGAAGCGGGAACAUAGCAACUCCACCCUCCAACAGGCUCUGUCA